AUGGCGACGCACCGUGAGGCCAAGAACCCCAGCUUUGCGUAUGUCGAGCCCAUGCCCUGGCCGAAGGACGUGCCCAAGGUCGAUGAGGUGGGCACGACUUCCGCGCCGCUUAAGUCGGUGAGCUUUUUCAUGGGCCAGUUCUGCAAAGACUACAACGAAGACUUUAUGCUUUGCAAGGCAGAGAACCGUGACCCCGAGCACUGCCUGAAGGAGGGCCGAAGAGUGACGCGCUGUGCGCAGGACCUCAUCAACAGGCUCAACGACAAGUGCGCGAGCGAGUGGGAGGCGCACUGGAAGUGCCUCGAGAUGAACAACCAGGAGUUUAUGCCCUGCCGGAAACAGGAGCGCCCGCUGAACAAGUGUGUGCUCGACCAGCUCAACCUCGUCAAGUCGAUCCCCGGCUCGCCUGCCGGCAAGCCCCAGAUCCACGAGAAGACGAACCCGGUGGUGUCGCGCCUCCAGAAGUAG